GACGGAACAUUCAUAAUUUCACCGCCCGAGCCACCGGCGCGGUAAACGCUGAGAGAUAGCGAUUGCAGCUAGACACUUUAGUACCGAGGAAUACAUCUGGAUGGUUUGAUGUCUAAAUGCCUGAUGUGGCCAUCCCGUACAUUGAAUAUAACUGAAAUUAGAUGAUGGCAUCUUCCAAACAAUUCCAAGGAAAGAAGAAUCAAGCAAAGGAUGUAAUUGCAGCACUUUGUCAUAUUCUGAAUUCACAUUCUUCAAUAACCAGGAUUACCCCUGAGCAGUUUAGACAAGCAAAGUUUGAUCAACCUGAAGCUAUUUCAUCAAUGUGGUUGUUACUCCAAGAACUACUGCAACUCAACUUUAAGUUAUCAGUUAUCAACAAACCUACAAAGACUAGCUUCAAAAAGGCAGAUUUUCAGUCAAUACUUUACCAGAUUGGUUACAGGUGCCCUGGUUUCCAUGGCGAUGAUGUUGGAAGCAGAGACAUCCUCCUGGCCAUAGGAUGGCUCCUUGCAAAGUCAAGCUUUGUGUCUGAACUGGUGAAAAUCAAGCUACAAGAUUCAUUCCAAUCAAUUUCAAGCUUUCAUCUUGGAGCAGCUCAGAAAGCCUUAAAUUCAGGGAAUGACAAGACUUCAUCUCAGGGGCUAAAGCAGACUGUCCCAUCGUCUCCCAAUGGACAGGCCAAAUACCUUGUGUGGCUGAUGGGGCGACUCAAGUUAACUCUGAAGGCUCUUUUCUGUGAACAACAAGGUCUAUGUGCAGCAAUGCAUCACAUACAUGAAGCUACUCAAGGCGUUAGCAUGCCACAUCCUAGUCCUAUUAAUCAUCUUACAGCAUGGGAGACCUUUAUACUCAGACAUCCAAAGCAGUUACAACAAUACCUUUUGCACCUUGAUAAACAAGCAUCUCUUCUUCAAGCAUGUGUAACCUGGAAAGAAGCCGAGCCUGUAUUUUGGCAGUGGAUGGUGAGCGUCCACGAAGCGAAACUGUCGUCUGAUCCAGAGAGCGCUGUUCCACCCAUCUCAUCCAACAAUCAAUAUGCCCAACACAUGGUAGCAACCACAAAGUUAUCUAGACGAUUACAGCAACUAGAUGAUCUUGAGAAUGAACUAACCAGAGAGUGCAAAAGUUUGGAGGAUGAACUUGAAUCAAGAGGGGUCAAUGACCUUGUCAAUCAGUUAUCUGAUCAAUCCAACAUACACAAGAGAAAGGUAGACAUGGACAACGCAGUAAGAGCUCAGCUCACCAAAAGCUUUGAAGAACACCGGAAGAAGCACACAAAGAACUUUCCUCUUUCAUCGGUUCAGUUUUCCUUCAAGCCUGGACAGACAAAGAAUGCUCGCUUAAAAGCUGAACCUCUCCCUCCAAAUACCCUCAACAUCAGUGAUGAGAUAAAGAGAAUGUCUGAUGUUGCAAGAAGGCUGGAAGAAGAGCUGGACACUGUUAAACUCAAACAGCAGCAAAUAUUAGAUGGCUUUGCAGAAGGGUUGAUGAAUGUUGUGUGCAUCCCACCUAUGUUAGAAAAGACUAGCUAUUCAUCAUCAGGAACAUAACAGUCCAAAUUCGCAAAGGAAAUUUAUUUCAAUCCCCCUCUUGGAUAUUUAUAUACUUAAAUUCUCACUGAAUGUGAUUCAAUUAUAUAUACUUCCCCUUAAUCAAUUGACUACUGUAUUCUUGAAUUUCAAUAGACUAUGUGCAGGCACCGCCUGGUUCCAGUAGGCAAAGGAUUAAUGUGUUUCCAUUAUAUUCAUUGGGCAUGCACAACAACUAUGGAGGGGUUUCAACAGUGGUUUAGAAUUUGUGAAAGACUAUGCAAAGCUGGAUUCGAAGUAUAGAUAUGUAUAUUCUGAACGAGCUAAAUUAUGAGAGAGGUUAUAUACAGAAUACAGGGGCCCAUAUUCUGAACUCUGGUUUAGAUUAAACCCUGGUUUAAAGUUGUGGUUUAACUAUGGAGAGCCAAGCGGGGCACAAAUCCCUAACAGUACACAUUCAUUUUAUUAACUCACAUGACACCCAAAUUGUUCAUAAUUGUCUUGGAAUGACAACUAACAUAUUUUUCUUCCGUAUAAAAGCAAAACGAAACAAAAUAGUAGACCUAAGAAAGAUGCAAUAUAAACAGAAUCUUUUAAUUUUUGGCUCACGAUAAUUUUAGCACGGAGUUAGACCGCGGUCUAAGUUAUACCUGACUUCAGAAUACGGGCCAGGAGGUUUAGAUAUUCACUCAUUUGCCUUGAAUUUUUAUAUACAACACGCACACCAAUUGCAAUUCAACUUUGGAAGGCAGAAAGUUUAAAUAAAGUGUAAGUUCAUCUA